CGAGCAGAGGCAGCGGUAAGAUGUGUGGACGCGGGAGCCAGCGUCGAGUUAUAGUGGUAUUAUGCUUCCUCUCCUACCAGUAGCACUGGCCGUCAUCAUACUAGCUGGAAAAGCAACGUCCAAAUACUGCGAUGGCGACUACUUCUGCACUCCCCCCAAAGAAUGCUGUUCUCUCGGAUGUUGCUACCUGUACCCUCCCCCUGCCCCGAACUUCUUCAGUCUUGUUAACUGGAAUCACUGGUAUCUAUGGUGCAUGGGCGUCAUCGGCCUGGCGCUGGUGUGUGUUGUGUGUGGCUGCGGUCUCUGGCGCAAGAGAGACUCACCAAACCAAGACGCGGCGUCGGAGCCUGACAGCGCCGGGUCUUGCUGCCAACCACCUCACUAUAGCCGGUGCUCCUCUUUCCAUCAGCCUCCCCCACCUCCUUACUCAGAGGUGACAUCAAAGCCAGACCUGUACCCCUUGGUGAUUAGUUACUCAGACAACGGAAAGUCUGGAGGAGGCAGCUACCUCAUGGUUCAGUACUUCCGCAACUACAUCAUGAGGCCUGUCGGAUCCCUAUCAGCAACCAGCACUGCAGAUUCCCUCAGCUCCAGCCUCUUCUGUAACGCCACAAAUGAGGCCAACAGUCUGGUUCCCCCUCCCUACUCCAGCGCUCCUGAUAGUGUAGAUCAGAUUCAAGCCAGCAACACACCCUUUGACCAGUCACUCAGUUCCUGUCAGGCGCACAGCUGUGUUUUGAUGUCCCAAUGUGAAGCUCCAGGCGGGUUAUCAGCUGUCAGCUCUGUAGGGGGGUUGGGCCCCCUCCCCUUGGACUCCCCCCCUCAAGCCACCACUCCAACGUUGGAGGUGCGGCAACUUCUGCACAAAAUCAACCAGUUGCCCCACCACCAGAGUGGAGGAAGUGGGAGCAGCAGUAGGUUGAAGCUGUACAUGCCGCUAACCCGAGGUCGUCAUUGGCUCAGCCGCUCCGCCCCAUCCACCCCGUCCUCCCGUCUCACCCCCGCCAUGCCGUUCCCCCUCCCCUCCGGAGAGAGCAGCCCGCUCCUCCAGCCUGACCAGGAUCACGACACCACCUUCUAGCCGCACACUCAGUGUUACGUUGUCAAACAUUUUCCACUUCGAGGUUUCGACACCAGUUUUACCGCUAAGGUGUAUGUGCUGAUUUAGUUUGAAAAUAUGUACUGCAACAAAUUGUUAAGUUUUUUGAUCAGGUAUGGUACAUUGGUAUUGGCUCUUGGUUAAGAUUCAAGGAUGGUUAGAUCAGUAGGCUUACCUCAUGAAUGUGAUUGCUUGCUUGCUGAUUACACAAUGAAAGAUUAAAUCCAAUUUACACAAAACUAAGUUUUUUAAGACAGUUCUAUCUAGAAUCCUUGUCUCCUCACUAAAACUGGUUUCAAAAAAUCAAUUCGUUUGAUUUAUUUAAAUGUUUCAAUGAGUAAGAAAUAUGGCAUUUUAGUAAGAUGUUGUGUAGGCAGCAGUGCUUAAUUCAUGCAGUUUUAAUUUCGAUUAGAUUUGAUCAUGUACAAAAGGGACUACAUCAGCAUUUAAAAAAGAACAACUUCACAACAGAGAACUUUUCACCCUUUUUAACAUGUAAUACUUUCUACUACAUAUACCGUAAAAUUGGUCCUCUUAUUACUUGACUAGUAUUUGGCAGUAUUGUAUAACAGGUAAGCCCACGGAUACUAUCAAAAUCCCAAUCUUAGGUAAUGUUCGUUGUUUCAUAAACCUUGUUUUUAGAUGUAAUGUUAGCUGUGUAAGAUUAUUUCCUAUUGAAUAUCGUUUAGAGUCCAGUAAAUACUGUCAAUUACAUAAGUCUUUACCAAAGCUGUCUCAAAAUCAAAGCAUAACCUAUGGCAUGUUGAUUUUAGAAGCAAGAACAGUUGUCUUGUUACAAAUGUUUCCAAGGCAUAAUUUGUUUAUGACAAUUGGAUUUAGUCACAUGUGUUAAGCUACUCAGUUAAAUUACAAAAUAUUUGCUGUAAAUAUCUAAAUUUGUACAGAAGUUUUUGAAAUCGUAUACUUUUAUAACGAUCCCUUGUUUUUCAAUGUUAAUAAAAGAAUGUACUUACAAUUGUAAAAUUGGUUGACAGUAUGUUUUCAACAACCAAAAUGGCGAGAUAUUACUGUAAUUGUUAAUAUAUGAUACUUUGACAAGCUUUUGUACAGAGAAGUAGUUUGAUUUUGCAAUUUCUCCAAGCUAAAUAACUGACUUGGGUGAUUUUAAUAUGUGAUUUUGCCAAGAGAUUUUGAACUUGUACACUUACGUAGGUAGUCUUAAAGUUGCUUGAUUAUAGAAAUGUGAUCACUAUUGAACUUUAUAUCUUAUUAAAUAUAUAGAACAUUAUUUUGUAUUGGACUUAGAUUUUAAAAAUACCGUCACUUUUAAUACUUUUUGUAUAGCAAUUGUCAUUUUUUAUGUCAAAUCAUCUUUGAAUUGACAAAUAUUAAAAAUACAAAAUUACUUUGAGCAAAUCCAAAAAUUAUUUUGUCUUUGUAUAACUUGAGCCGGUUUUAAGCUGGGUUUCAUUUUAUAAAGUUCUAGAGGUUUUAGACUUAUUAACUGUUAAAUAAUAAUGAUAAAGACAUGCUUAUCAUGAUAUGAAUUUCAAUGUAUUCCUCUUAUCCUUUAUAUUAAUUUUGUUUAUGUUUAGUUUUAAUAAAAAGUUUGCUGAAAGUGCUACCUCAUGACAAGAAAAAGUGGUUUUCACUAUUGGAUUUAUGUGAUUGGCUGCCAUGUUAUUAAAAACAGAUAUAUAUUUCGUCAGAGGCAGAAUAUUGGAAGUGCUCAAAAAAAUUUUACAUCUUUAAGUCUGCUUCCAAGGGGUGGAAUUGAAAAAUCAACAGACUUAAAGUUAUCCCAUGUUUCAUAAUAAUAAACUACUAAACAUUUUUUUCUUUUCAAACAAACCUUUUUAAGUGUAGAUUGCUCAUUUUCACCAAAUCAACCUAUUAAACUUAAGAAGUUUAUUCUAAAAUGAAAAUAUCAUUCAUUAUUUUUGUAAAUGUCUAAGUUUAAACCUCUUUUUCUCAAGUGUUUAUAAUAGUUAGUACUUAACUCUAAUACAUCGAUAGCUUAAUUUUUAGUUUGUUUGGCCAUUGUAAAAGUGUCAUGUGUAUGAAGUAGUGUAGAUUUUCCAAACCAAAUUUACUCAAUUUUACCUUAGCUGAGAGUUUACUUGUGACCAGUUGUGUGAUACCGUACACUGCUUAAUUUAAGACAAGUGUGAACUAUUGGCAUUUUAACUUAGAAUUAUCGUGAAAUUCACUAUAGUAAAUUCUAAGUUACAGAAUAAACUUGUAUAUUCGCAAAGUCAUGCAACUAUACAAAAACACAAAAAGAAUUAUCUAUCAUUUAUACAAAAAAUGUUAUUUAACAUACGGUUUUUAUAUUUAAUAUAGUAUAGAUUCAAAAUUGGCAAACUUAAUAAUAUUUUUGUUAAUUUGUCUCAUGUUAUUUCUAUCAUGUGUAUUGACCAACUCAUUAAGUUUUGAGUUGAUUGACAAAACUCUACUACUCAUCAUCGAGAAUAAGAAUCAACUGCUAAAGAAAACAUUGAAAUGCACAAUGUUACCUUUGGUUACAUUUUAAGAUUAAUUGAAAUAAAAAUCUCGCUUAUACUAAACUAUUUUUGCAAAAGCACAAUACAGACCAGUAUUUAGUUUUAACCAAAGAUUUUCACAAUACAGUAGAACCUCGAUAGCAAAUUUCUCAAGGGAAAGACUUAUUAUCAAGGUAAACUUAUUAUUGAGGUUUGCAAUAACAUGAGAUUAGGACUAAUACUAAAUCGUGGGUAUUUGCAUAGACAAAAGAAUUAAAUAUAGACUGACAGCAUAGUGCUGCGGUUAGCAUAUAUUCUAGCGUCCACCGCUAGGAAUGCCGUGUAGUUUCGGCGCAAUGCGCACACAGCUGCAGCGUCAAGUGCUAGUGUCAGUCGAUAUUUAAUUAUUUUGUCUAUGGUAUUUGUAAAUGCCACUUCUUGUCAAGGGUGUCUUGCUAUUGAAAGUUUGUUAUUGAGAUUACUGUGUUAAUCUAACUGUGAUAUAGGUUUCCUGCACAUAUUUUCUCCUCAAUUUCAGUUUUAAAUAGAUUUUUAACAAGUCCACUAAUUAAUGUCAUGCAACAACUAAAAAAAUAUAUUAAUAAGAAGAGCUCAAAUAAGGUAACAGAGGCUCUUGUUUGUUCUCUAGGUUUUAUGUUAUAAAGCUCGCACACAAGAAAUGGUUAUAAAAAUAAAUAAACUCAGAGGUAUGGAUAGAAUCUGAAAUAAUUGGAAUAGAUGGUAUAACGAAGCCUUAGUUUGGCAGCCAGAAAACGGUUAGCUACUUUCCAACAUGCACAUCAGCUAUCUGCAGUGACGUAAAAUCCUUAUGUUACAUUAUAAUCUAAUGGCACUGUAGCUUGGAUGUAGUAACAAAUUUCAAAAUGCAAACUGUGAUCAGACAUUAUAAAUGCAUCAUUGUGCUUGAUAAUAUUGUAUUAAGAUUCAUUUAAACACAAAUAUUUGUAUUUUGUCAAGAUGGACUUACAUGUACAAUUAAAACCCCCAUAGUGUCCCACGUUUUAAACUGUUCUUUCUUUUUUAUAAAAUGAUUUUGUGUUGUUUAAACAAAAUUUUAACAAGCUGCAGUUUUUGUACAGUGCUUUCAGGUAGAAAACUGUUAAAUUUUAA